AUGAAGAUCGUAAUCCUUCUCACUUUGUUGGCGAUGGCCAUCGCCCAGGACAGCUAUCCCACCAAGUACGAUAACAUCGAUGUGGAUGAAAUCCUCAACUCGGAUCGUCUCUUCAAGAAUUACUACAACUGCCUGAUGGAUGCUGGUCCCUGUACCCCCGAAGGAAACGAGCUGAAAAAGUAUCUACCGGAUGCCAUUUCAAAUGGAUGUACCAAAUGUAGCGAAAAGCAACGUGAGCUAACUGCCAAAGUGGUCAAGUUUUUGAUCGAACAGCGCCCGGAUGAGUGGACGGCCCUGCGAGGCAAAUACGAUCCCGACAACACCUUCGUAGAGAAGUAUCGGGACCAGGCGUCCAAGUAUGGAAUCCAAUUGUAG